ACCAUGACAACAGUACACAAACUCAGCUGCUCAGUAGCUCGAAGAACGAAGCAGUGCAGCUCCAGAUGUCAGAAGUACCUGAGAAAUAUCGACACCACAGCAAAAAGGAAAAAGAGACGUCUUCUGGCGUCUUGGCUGUGUCAGAGACUGAUAAUUCUGCCAAACUGCCAAAAGCAGGGAUCAGGAAGAAAAGGACACAACUGAACCCGUUCAAAGUGCCAGACAGUAACAGCAUUUUUCUACUGAGUGUAAACGAAAGAGGGGACCAAAAAGAGGAGAGACGUAAAUUUUUGGCUCUGCCAAUUGAUGAGAAGACAACCCACGCAGUGAGAAUGAUGGCCAAGCUGAAGAAUGAGCUGGUGGGAGAAGUGGAGGAGGAGGAAGAGGAGGAGGGAAAUGAGCAGAUGAAGGAUCUAAAACAAAUCAGGAGUAAGACAGUUCUCCCUAAACAAACACCAGGCAGACACGAGCUGAAGAUAAAACGAGAAAAGAUUGCAAAAGACAACAAGUAUGACUUAAUUUCCAUGGAACGACAGAAGGCCGUGUUGGAGUUAUCUCUCAUGACAAAGAGGUCUGAGAUUUUGAGGAUGGACAAGGCCAUUGCAAAAGAGGAGCGACAGCUGAAGCAGCUUGAAAAGACCAUCGAGCGAGACAACCUCAACUUUGAAGCGUUCCUCAGGGAGAACGAGAAGAAGUCUGUGGAGGCCAGAACGCUAUUUGAACAGGAAGCCAAGUUGAAACAGGAGAGGAAUACUGAGAUCAAGAAGCUAACUGCUGAAACAGGAACAAUAAAAAGUGAAAUUGCCAAGUUUGAAGAAAUCCUGAUAGAUUACAAGCGAUACAAGGAGCUUCUAUUCAAGCUGUCUCCUCCAGAGUGGCAGGAGGCCCAGAAGACCAAGAAAACUGAAGUCCUGUCUGGCAAAGAUGCACAGCACAACCAGAACCUGGAGCCUGAAGAGAUGGCUGAUAAGAACAGCAAGUUAAACCCGAGUUUGGAGCUCCAAGUGUCCAGUCCUGGCAGAGAGCUGCCCUCCACCAGAGAGACCGGACCAUCAUCAGCCUACAGCAACACUCUAGUCACAAAUUCUAACCUGGACAGUGACUGCUUAGAGUAUGAGGAUGAACCAGAGCUGUACUUUACUGAUCCCCAGCAGCUACUGGAUCUGAUGACAGAGCUGACAGAGCAGAAUUUGUCCCUGAUUCAGAACUCUGCACGGGUGGAGGAGAAACUGGAGGAGUUGAAACAGUUCAUGGAGACAACUAGGAGGGAAAUUGAAAAGGAUGAAGAGCAGAUAGCACUGCAGAUAACCGACAUGAACCAGAGGAUUGACAAAGAGAAAGCAAGAGGGGCCAAACUCAAACAGAAAGUUCAACUCCAUGUGUCACUGAACACAGAGGACCAAGACAUGAUGAUGGAUGCUCUGGGUGAGAAGGUAGCAGAGGUGCACCGCAGCUGCGUGGAUGAAAGGAUGACCAACCUCAGCACCUUGGAGAAGCUGGUCAAUAUUGAGCACCACAUGUCUUUGCUGCUGCAGGGCCUUGAGAGCAUCCCUGAAGAAAAACUGGAGCUGAUGAAGAAGAUCAAGGACAGCGAGAAGAGGACCAGACAGCGUGAAGAAAAGCUGAGAGAGCAGCAAGAGAAACAAAAAGAGAGGAUGAGGAGGUAUUUGGAGAGAUCCCUGGCUGACUCUAAGAAAAUAACUGGGAGAAAGCUCAUGCCCAGAUGCAUGCCAGUUGCCCAGAAAGUCAAAGUGAGCAACGAGGAUAACGUCCCUGCAGAAGAUGAGCUCCAUGAAUACCUCUUUGGCCCUGAGGACACAGAGUAAUGAAAAAAAAGACAAAAAUUAUGGUUAUUAUUAUGCAUUCCUUUACCUCUUGUUUGAUUAGUGAACAUUUAUUAUGAUGCAACUGAUAAAUACCACACUGAUGUGAAAAAAUCAGUAAAUCAGCUGAAAUGUUAAUGAAAAAUUCAACUAGAUUUUUUUUUUUUUUGGGGGGGGGGGGGUGAGAAAGUUCCACACAUCAGUAGUAGUAGUAUUUUCAGUGAGAAAUUUUACUUGCACUCAUGUUCUUUAAAAAAAAAUUUUAAUGUUACAUUGAGUGUCCUUCCUUUGUUAUAAUGUAAUAAUAACCUUUGUUAGUAUGUCACAUUAAAAGAACAUUUUAUAAAAAACAUUGUCAUCAGAUGUCUAUUUGAAUGUUGGUUCUUGUUUUAAAAAAUAGAAAAUGUAUUGUACAGUUGCAUCACUGCCACAGUAAGGAGGAAAAUGCAAGCAGUCUCCUACUCCUAAGAGACAGUUGGUUAGAAUGGUCAAGAGUCAACUAAGAAUCACCAAAAAUCAGAUCUGCAAUGAAUUAGAAAAGUGAUUAUGAAUGGGCUAAAUCAGGCAACAAUUAAGAUUUUAGACUGGCCAACCUAAAGUCCUGACUUAAAACCCAUCAAGAACCUGUGGACUGUGAUGAAGAAACCAGUCUGUGCUCGAGAAGGCCCAAAGAUGCAUCCAGAAGCUUGGGGAUGGCAACCAAAGGUCCAUAGUUGAGGUGAAAGUGGCAGAAGACCUGCAAAAAAAUCUGUGAAAGAAUCAAAAUGUUAUUUUGUGACAAAGACCCAUUCCAUUGAAAUUCAACAUUAUAGAACGCCACGAUACACAUGGUCUGGUACAAGUGUAUGUAAACUUUUGUCAUGACUGUAUUGGGAACCAUCAUCAAACAUGGUGGCAGUAUUAUGCUGUGGAGCUGUUCAUAUUUCCACUCAAGACUCCCUUGAUACACAUGGUCUUUACAGGUGAAUGUAAACUUUUCUUUGGCUUUUCACGUCAAGUAGGUUUGUUGUUUCCUUGUGCACUUACAUUGUAUCUGGGAUGGGCAGUCCAGUCUGUUUAGUCUAUUGUUUAUGUAUUGCUGACUUUGUCUUUAGUUCUGUUAUCUUCUGAUCGCGUUUUUACUCUUCUGUACAGCACCUUGGUUGCUUUAAAGUGCUUUGUAAAUAAAUUUGACUUGACUUGA